GAGGCGCCCUCAACCAAACGACGCGCUCCGCCCAGAUCGGCAGCUCACAGUGGGAGUGGGGCGGGGACCCGAAGUGGCCCCAGACGAAGGCGUUCAAGGCGUGGUUGCAGGUCCGAGGCGACCUCGAGUGUGACAUAGAGGUGCUUCUGACGAACGGCGAGUCCUCCUCGCUCGGCGCGGACAUCCAGUACUCCUGGCAAGGCAUCGAGCCGUGCCCCGAGCACGUGGCGGGCAGCAGCUGCGAGGCGUGCCCGACGAACGUGUGCAAGGACGGCGAGGUCGCACGGUGCGACGGCGGUCGGUCCUGGGUGUGCGCCCCCUCCGCCACCACACCAGCACCAGCACCUCGAAUCCUUCCACGACGGCAGGGCGGCCGCCGGCAGACGUCCGGCUGCGCAUAG